UCAUCGACACAGGGUGAGAAACCAAGGGAGGGGGAAGGAGCAGGAGGGAGCACGAUGGCGAUGAGACUAGCAGAAGCAGCGGUCGGGGAAUUAGGGAGCCGAGCCACACGAGCGAUCUUCCCUAGCUCGAGGCUUCUGAAUUACCGGAGCAGGUCUUCUGGAUCGUCCCGGAAAAAGGAAGGCGGCGACAGCGGCGGCCUCGCGGAGCUCGUCGAGGUGGAGAUCCCAGAGGGAUCGGACCUCGCCGGGGGCGUCAAGCUGCUCCAGGACGCCGUUCACGCUAUCAUGGUCAGCCGGGCCGCGCCGGUUUGGCUCCCGUUCCGGCCGGGCUCCUCCUAUUGGGUCCCACCGAGGAAGAAGGCGACGGCAGCGGCCGUUUCCACGAACCUGGCGGAUCUGGUUGGGAAGCUGACGAAUCCAAUGACGGAUGAGGAGUCUCUGUCGCUUACUACGAGUAGAGGAUGGCCUUCUCGUUCGUAUUUUGUUGAAGGUGCAUCCCCAGAUUCAUCUGAGAUCAUGUCCAAACUGCCAGCAAAAUCUGACGGGGAAGAGGAAUAAACUGUAUAAUGCCAAAGUUCCUAACUGAGGAUAACCUCCCAUUUAAAGCUUUUUCCUUCCAUCUCACGAGAGGUUUGAUUGAAGAAAGCUUGUUUGUAUCUACUGGCACAUCGUGCAGGGAACUGCAGCUGCCAUGAUGAACCGCCUCAGCUCUCGCUUGAACAACCUCCACACGACAGUGCAGAUAUCCUCACCCCUCGCUUGGUUCUCUAGAAACUUUCAUAUGUACAGUGAAUUUAUGCAACAGAAUUAUCAUCUGCCAGCGCCUGUAAAUUUAUGCUCUCCUAAAAUUAUAGUUUGUGUGGCAUCAUUUGUAAUGUUUACUAACAUAACCAGCCUAUGUUUAAAAACGGUAGGCGAUGUUCUUGAAAGCUCAGUGAUUUGGCAUGUUAAAAUUGCCUGUCCA